UGCCCCGGAGAGAGAGAAACCUCUAGAGCAGAUAUAUGCGACCUAAAAAACUCAGGUUGUCGGUGAGAAGACGCGCAGCGAACUCGACAUGACAACAGCACUCUCUGUGGCUUUGCUCCUGCUGGCCGCCCAGCAAACCCUGGCCGCCAAGGACUUGGGUUCCCUACUUCACAGUCAAUGCCCUGAAUGGGGCCAAAUCUCUGCCGAGUGCUACAAAAACCAGCUGAAUGACAUCAUCGGAGGAGUCGCUCAAGGUGUUCCCGCUUUGGGCAUUCCUCGAUUGGAGCCUUUUGUCGCCGGCCCUUUGAACGUCACCGUCAAGGUCACCGAUGACCAAAGCUUCACCAUGAGUCUGCACAGAAUGACCUUCACCGGCCUCAGCAACAGCAAAGUUUCCUCGCUCAAGAUUGGAAAGUACGACGACGAGCGCCCCGACGAAUUCAGUCCUCUCGAACUGACCCUUGGUUUGUCCAAGCUGAGAAUCAAGACUCCCUAUUCCAAUGAGGGCCGCUUCAUCCUCUACAGGGCCACUGGACAAGGUCACCUGACCUUCACCUUCACCGACGUGUUGAUGAAAAUUCGCGUCAAGUACGGCGUGAUUGAAAGGGACGGUGAGCGCUUUGCUCAGGUGCACUCGUCACGCGUCCAGGUUGGCGCCGGCAAGUCAAACAUCAACGUCGACAGCCUCGGCAAUGACAACGAAGUCGCCAAAGAAAUGUUCAACGCCAUUCUGUCGGCAAGCAGCGACCAGAUUUUCCAGUUGAUCUUCGCAUUCUUGAACCAAGAGUUCUCCAAGCUCUUCUUGGACGUCGCCCAACAGUCCACUGCCAACCUGCCCUUGUCCAAGGUCUUCAAGCCCUGGCAGGAGCCCCCCUCUAGCAACUAAACCCAGUUUUUGUUUAUUUUAAGAUUUUUUUUUUCAAGAAAUAUAUUUUAAUUUCCUGUAUCUAAAAUGCGUUUUAUUUAACUCGAGAGUACAUAAAGUGUUAACACUUCUUGGUUUUUGGUGGAAAAAUAUUUCGUCAUUUUCGACCACAUUGCCCAAAAGUUCAUGCUGUGGAGCGUACAAAUUUCAUCUGCUAUGUUGCGGAGUCUUGUUACUGAAUUAACCUAGGUUUACAAGGUUAUUGUAGCAAAAAAUUGCAUUCACAAUAGUCCAAUUAUUGCUAGCUCUGCAGAUUUGACAACAAUAAAGGCACAUACAUGGUGAACACUUUUCCUUAUCCCACAUCCAACUGAAAAUGCUAUAGUCGUAUUUUGCCAUUUGCAACUUAAAAUUAUCCAACGUGCUUCGAUUAAUUCAGAUUCAUCCAAAUUUAAAAUUAAACAAGGAGAAAAUAGAGAUGGGGCACCAGUAUGGUUGUCCCAGGUUAAAUCAACGACUAAAAUUAUAACCACCCCUUUUGCUGGGAUUUCCAUUAGUCUGAAAGUACCCCUGUCGUGAAAUCAAAAUUGAGCCGCUGGCUCGUUUUGGGGGAAUUUCAUUUCUUGGCGCUGUUUGCUUUCAAACUAUCAAAGUCUUCAAAAAGAGGUAAAUCAUUUUCCUUGCUAUUAAACAGCGCUUGAUAUAACAUUUAUUGCUGACCAUUGGUGCUGUUAUUGACAUGAUUAAAAUAAAAAUGAUAAAAUACCGAUUCCCAGCAUUCCACAAUUUUUCAUAAAUUUCUCAUGAUUCGAGAGACAGAAUCUUUUUCUGUCACAUUUUAUAAAACUGAUUUGUCUGCUAUCGAACUUAAACCUACUGAUGCUUUUGCUUCAUUUGCAAACAAAAAAUGUACUUAGCCCUUGGCCAGACGCAGGACGUGCAGGAUGACCUCAUCGACCGUCUGGUUGUUCAGCAGCGUCUUGACUGCCGAGUCGUCUAUGACCACCGUGAAGAGCAGUUUUGCAUUUUCACGGAGUCUGUCAAUCGGAGAGUAGUCCUCGGCAAGGGCUGGAGCGUGGCCGCACCGCCGGAUCACCGCCUCCAGCAGUUUGUCCACAGUUUCGUCAGGCCAUCCAAAAGCAGCCAGAGUGGCUUCAUCCACCUAUUGAAAUUAUUCAAAUUUAAUCACAGAAAUGGGUUUUGAAUUAUAGAUUGUUUACCAGAAGAGAGAGGAGUUCUCGAAUAGAGUCCGAGAGAGCUUUUUCGGACAUCGAUCCACCUGACUGUGGGGCGCCCAUGAGACCUGCCAGCUGAGUUGUGGUGGCCAGGGCGGCACCCAUUGAGAGACCGGUGGAAGCGGCCGCUUGGGCUGCCUGGGUGGCCAGCAACUGUUGCUGCAGUUUCUUCUUCUCAGCCUCAGCCAGAAUUUCCUCAAGCAUGUCCCUAUGCUUGGAUCUCAUGUGUCUGAAAUACAAUUUUAAGAAUUAAAUUGCAUUAAAUAAUAAUAAACAAAACUUAUCCUACCUAAGCAGACAGUCCUGUCGGAUGAAAGCUCUUCCGCAUUCGUCGCAGGACCUCGGUGGCUCCUUGGUGUGUGUGAGCAAGUGGAUUUUCAAGGAAGACUUCAUAGCAAACUGCUUCUCGCAGAUUGGGCACUUGUGAGCUAAAAAUAUUCAAAAUUUAGUCAUAGUUGAGGUUGUUUUAAAUGUCUUACAUUUGACGCCAGAGUGGAGGAUGGUGUGCCUGGCGAGGUCCUCCUUGCGGACAAAGGUCUUGGUGCACUGGUCACACUCGUAAGGCUUGGCGCCUUCGUGCACAUACUUUAUGUGCAUGGAGAGGCGGACGCGGCGGUUGAACGAUUUGUUGCAAAUGUCGCAUGUGAAUCCAUAUUCGCCUGUGUGGUGGAAGAUGUGGCUUCGCAGCUGGCUAGCCUGGAUGAAGCUCUUUCCGCAGUAGCCACAAGUGUGAGGCUUGACCCCCGUGUGCGUCUUCACGUGCCGGUUCAGUGUCUCUUUGGCAGCGAAUUUGGCAAAGCACUGGAAUCAAAUUUAUCAAUUAAUAAACAAAUUUCUAACAAAUAAUUUUUGUUUUAUUUAAAAAAUUGCACUUACCUCUUUGCACUCGUAAGGCCUUUCACCAGUGUGCAUACGGCGAUGUUUUUUCAUGGCGCCGCUCGACGGGAAUGUCUUCUCGCAGAAAUCGCAAGGGUAGGGCCGCUCGCCAGUGUGGAUGCGGGUGUGUAUCUGCAGCAGACUGGUGCCGUGGAACUCCUUGUUGCAGAAUUCACAGUUGUACUUCUUCUUGCGCUUCACCUGACCGGCAUGGGCCCGAAGGUGCUCACGCAAGUUGUCCUUUCGGCUGAACAUCCGACCACACACCUGAUAUAUUAAGGGAAAAAAUCACAUUCGUUCCAAUUAUUGAUAGAUUUUUUCCAGAAAAUGUUUAAUAAUAUUAUUUAUAUGAAAAAAAAAUACCUGACAAGGGUGGGAGGGUUUUGGUUUUCCAUCGCACCCUGUCUGGAUGACAUGCCGCUCCAAGUGGUACUUUCUGCUGAACAUCUUGUCGCAGCGGUUGCAUGUGUAGGGCUUGAGGCCCGUGUGAGUGUACAUGUGGCGCGCCAGAGUGCCCUUGUCUGGACACCGAGCAUCGCACUCGGGACAACUGUAGGUCUCGCCCUCAAAGUGGAUGACCCGCCUGUGUCUCUCCAGACUCGACUUGAGCUUGAACUUUUUCUGGCAGUCGACACACUCGUAGUCCCCUCCUGAGUGGGCGGUCUCGAGGUCUUCGAAGCAGCAGUGGCACUUGCCAAGUGCGGCCGGAGCGGCCGUUUCGUCAAUCAGGUUGUUGACCUUGGCCAACAUGACACCCUUCAUCUGCUCGCUCAGGGUGAUUUCGCCGUCCUCCAGCUCGACGAAGUUGUUCCGAGCGCGCUGGUUGAUUUUCUUUUUGGUUUUCUUCGAGGGUGGCUCCUCUCCUGGGAGCUGGUUGAACUCGUAAACAUCCACAGGUGAGUGAUUCUGCUCAGUCGAGGAUCCCGGCUGAGGCUCAUUAUCCAUCAGCUCUUUGAGCUUCUUUCCAAAAGCUGGAAUAAAAUGCAAAUUAAUUUAAAACGCUUACCACAGUUAGAAUGAAAUGCUUACUUGAAAGGCCUGGAGUCUUCGGGGACUUGUUCUGGCCUCCGGUCUUCUCACUUGCAUUUUCAUUGUUGACUUCUUUUCCUUUCUUUUUCUGUGAAUUUGUUGGAGAAAGAUAUUUCCACAUAAGAUUUUGUUUGGUCUUGUCUACUUUUACCGGUGACUUGGGUUGUUUCGCAGCCUUUGUCUCUUUUUUAGCUGCAUUCUUUUUGCCUUUCUUGGCAGCGGGCGCCUCUGGACUGCCUGCAACUCCAUUGGUCAGUUCCUCUUUAUUGCGGGUCGAACGCCUUGUUUGCCGAGGGGCAACUGCAGUGUCUGCAAUUUGAAGAAAACUUCAGAUGCUGCUGAGGAAAAUUUUACAUUAUCAAUUGUACCUGCCAUAUCGCACCUUGUAAUUCAGAACUAAUAAAAAACUGAAACAACGAAAAUUAAAAUUAAAACAAAGAAAUAAAAAUCAGGCACUAGCAAUAAUUUUCAAAAUUGAAUAUAAUAAAAUUUUAAAUAUAUUUUAAUUAGAAACCAUUUCUAAUAAAUAAUGAAGAAAAAAUAUUUCAACUGUACAAUUUGUAGGAAGGGGUCAUCCAAUCCAUGCCAAGAGUUUUCAAACAUAUAAUUUUACCAAAAUUUCUCAAAAUUCACAAGUUUUACAGGACAUGCGACACAAGGUUUUGGAAAAUUUCAAAAGACUCCAUCUUGGCUUUCCAUCUCAUUGAAGAACAGAAAACCUGGGGAGCCGAAAUUUAAUUUGUCCUUUUAAGUUUUCAUAUAAAAAGCAAAGUAAUAAAAAAUAAAAAAAAUUAAUGCCAAAGGAAGUGUCAAAUGGACAAGAUUUUACAUAAUAGUAGAUAAUAGGAUUUUGCUUCCGUGGGGUACGGUUCUAUUCUACAUGAACGCCUCCUCAACGGUGCCCAUCAACCCCCUCUGAUCAUGAUUGCCAGCAUUGUGUGCUUGGGCCUGCUGGGGAAAUAUUACAAUGGUGAAAGCAUGAGCUUGGUAAGGAAUUUUCUUUCUUGACUUGAACAGUCGAGGCAAUUUGAAACUUAAUUGAAACUACUUUUUCAGUCCGUUUUUUUU